AAAUAAUCAUUAAAAGAAAGGAAAAUUAGAACUUCUUCAACUAUAAAUACGUGGCAAGAUAUCUCGAUAGUCACAAUUGUCUUUACUUCAGUCACAACAAGUAACUACACAAGUUCAACAUGAAGGUCUUGUCUCUUCUCCUUAUUGUUGCUUUCGUGCAACUAUCAAAACAAGAAAGUUGCCAUUGGAGAGAGAUGGAUUUAUGUGCUGCAACUGGCUUAUUGGCUUUACAAAAUAAUCCCGUACCACAGAACGAAGCCGAAAUCGAUACCCAAUGCACAUAUCUGAAAGAAACAGUCGACUGCGCUAACAACUACACAAACAGAUGCGCCACUCCAUUGUAUAAGCAACUGAUCUCAUUCGCCACCGCAGAAUCUCAAGAAAAUUUGAAGGGAUUUUGCACACCAGGAAAUGAAUUGAGAAAAACUUUAUUAAAACACUCUUCUUGUCUGGCUGAGGUAUGGAACGAACAAGCAGCUUGCACUAGUGACGCUCGCGCUGCUAUAGAAAAGAUUAGUUCAGUCGAACCAAAGGAUAGAUUAAAUCUCGCUUGCUGGUAA